AUCCAUCCAAACUCCGAUCAUACAUCCCGUCGCCCAUCAACUCGCAUCCGUUUCGUUUUCGUCCGUACAGUAACUGUGACUGCGCCGGCUGUAGGUCUCGGCUCUGUACCGCCACCUGUUCCCUUUUUGGGCUUCUCCCCCAGCAUCUUUACCCGGCUCCAAACCAAGCGGCAGUUUCUCCAACUGCCCUUCUCUUGUUCCACUCACUCUCUCUCGCCCUGCGUGUGCGAUCGCGACAGGACGCUGUUCCACCAUGCCUUCUCCCAAGCAAAGAAAGGUCGCCAUUGUCGGCAGCCGCUCCGUCGGCAAGUCGUCUCUGGCGGUGCGGUUCGUGGACGGACACUUCGUCGACAGCUACUACCCCACGAUCGAGAACACGUUUAGCAAGAUGAUCAAGUACAAGGGCCAGGACUUUUCUACCGAGAUUGUCGACACGGCAGGCCAAGAUGAGUACAGCAUCUUGAACUCGAAGCAUUUUAUUGGAAUCCACGGGUACAUGCUCGUCUACUCGGUAUCAUCGCUGCCCUCGUUCGAGAUGGUGCAGGUCAUUCGGGAAAAGAUUCUAAACCACCUGGGCACCGAGUCGGUCCCCAUCGUCAUCGUUGGCAACAAGAGCGAUCUGCGACCUGAGCAACGGCAAGUCACCCCCGAGGACGGGCAGAAGCUCGCCGAGAAGAUCCAGUGCGGCUGGACCGAGGCGAGCGCGCGGUACAACGAGAACGUGGGCAAGGCCUUUGAGCUAUUGAUAGCGCAGAUCGAAAAGUCGCAGAACCCUGGCGAGGCACCCGCGAAGAGCAAUUGCGUCCUGAUGUGAGGCAAUUGCGAAACUCUCUCUUCUCCCCCAAAGAAGCCCAUUCCACCACCCAGACGAUCACGAUCACGAUGAUGAUUCGGAGCCGCGGGGCAAAAAAACCCAGGUGCCCAGGCCCUGUCCUGUCGUUUCACAGGGUCACAGGGCACAAGGUGGUUCGGGAUGGUCAGGACAUGGGCUUGAUUCAGAGUCCUGUUUAUGGCUAAAUUCUCCGUGGUGUCAGAUUUUGUACGCAGCCAUCAUCGACGACUGCCAACUUUGUCCUUGUCUUGUCAUUUCCUCUUCAUGUCUUGUCUUCUGCCUUAUUUACAACUAGAGUAUACGGUUCAAUCAACGGGUUUGGUUUUUUUUGGUUUAGAA